CAAAGGCGGGCUUUCAAUGUUUUGUAAUCAAAACUAUAUCUGGCAUCGAGCCAACCGAAUGCCAGAAAUAGUAUACGUUGAACGUGCGACGCUUAAACGUAAAACCGCAAAAUUUUGUUGCACAUAAAUUUAAUUCUACGUCUACGUCCAAAAUGGACCGACAUCAUACCCACUCGAGUAUUCAUGGGUCCUAUAGGAGUAAGGACUCUACUUCGACUACUGAGAGUGAUCCUCGAGAGAAAAUAAAGGAUUGCUUAAGAAAGUUCAUUGCGUUUAUGUUCACGCAAGUGGGUGUUGGCGCCCUGGUAGUUUGCUAUGCGAUCCUAGGCGCCGCGAGUUUUAUGCACAUUGAAAAGGAUAGUCCAGACGAACAACUUGAGAAUGUUCUUCAAUGGCGACAGAACUGUGUAGAUGAAUUGUGGAAUAUAACAAAUGAAUACAACAUUUUGAACCAUACCGCUUGGAUGUUGAAUAGCAAUAAGGUUUUAAAGGUAUUUCAAAAUAAUAUAACAGGAGCUAUACAUUUGGGAUAUAAUGGUCGUGCUUCAGAAGAUAUAUGGUCAUUCCCAGCAGCUUUAAUGUACUCAUUAUCAGUGUUUACAAUGAUUGGUUAUGGAAAUGUAGUACCCAAGACAGUAUGGGGCAAAAUUGGUACAAUAGCGUAUGCAUGCUUUGGUAUACCAAUUUAUGUGCUUUAUUUUUGCAAUAUGGGUAAAGUGUUGGCUAAAACUUUUAAAUGGCUGUAUAUAACUGCCCACGAGUGUAGUCGCAGAGAUGACACAUUGCUUGAAGAUGGUGAAAUUCAGGCUAUUAAAAGGAAGAUCACUGUACCAUCAACUGCUUGUCUGUGGGUUAUAUCAUUCUAUAUAUUGACUGGGACUAUUAUGUUUGGUGCUUGGGAGAAGUGGAACUACUUAGACUCUACAUAUUUCUGUGUCAUAAGUUUGUGCAAGAUUGGCUUUGGGGAUUUUGUACCUGGUGCAAACAUUGCGGACUCUGCGGAAGGUUCCCAUUUAAAAUUAGUAAUAAACUUUAUAUAUGUUUUACUUGGAAUGGGUCUUGUCGCAAUGUGUUAUAAUUUAAUGUGCGAAGAUGUGCGAGUCAAAGUGAGAGAACUGAGGCAGGACUUGAAGAAUUGUUUGGAUGAUAUAACAUUAAAGAUUACAGUUUGUAUGAACGAUACAAAAUAUUACCAUCAGAAACAAACAAGGAAUAUAAAAUGAUGCUUUAGAAAUGUGCUUAAGAAUUUUGAUAAUAGCAGCAAUAUUGGGUUUUGUAGCCAUAUGCUUUUUUUAAGGGUGCUAUAGUACAACAAAGGACCCUUAUGAUUUUGUUAUGUCUGUCUGAUCAUGUGUCACCUGCAUUUUUUGGAUUUAGAUUGUUACAGAAGGAGGUUAGGAGAACAGGGAAUUCCUACAAUCAGCAUAUUUACAAAUUUACUUUAUUAAAUUGAUUGUAAUUUCAUUUUUGAAAGAGGAUUUUGUAAUUAUCAUAUAUUUAAUUGUACAAUCAAUCUUUAAAAUAAAG